AUGCUGAAGAUGAUGGACCAAGCCUUCGUGCCGUUGGCGACAUCUUCCGGCGAAGGCUUGAUCUCGUUUCCUUGGUCGUCCUUCUUCUUGGCGGGCGCCUCGAGGACAAGCGGCGUCGUCGUGCUCUCGCAGCUUGUGCGCCCGGAGUUCAAGAGUAUCGCCCGCCGUGACGUGGUCGUGUGGAAGCGGGCGCGCCUCGAGUACAAGACCUCCAUGCAGCGCAAGUGUCAACGAACCAACCGGUGCUACGCAGCGACGUGUGCUCCGGUCCGUGACUCAUUCGCUCCCAUGGGGUAUUUCGAGUUCCUGAUGAAGACCUCGUGGGACCGUAGGGGCGACUACAGCCUGCUGAACGUGCCCGAAGACAAGCUUUGGGAAGAGAUCAACGGCAUCAUCGACAAAUGA